AUGUCGCUCAUGAACAUUGCAGGAACCCAGUCGGUCGACGACCCCGAGUAUCGCUACAAGAUGCCGCGUCUUCAAGCCAAGAUUGAAGGCCGUGGCAACGGUAUUAAGACUCUGGUCGUCAACUGCGCGGAUAUUGCAACGUCGCUCCACCGCUCUACCGCCGAGGUGUGCAAGUUCUUCGGCUGUGAGCUAGGAGCUCAGUCCAAGUACGACGAGAAAACAGACCGUGCCAUUGUGAACGGAGCUUUUGAAGCUGGUAUGAUGCAGCAGCAUCUGAUUAAGUACAUCGAGGGCUUCGUGCUGUGUCCCGGCUGCCGCCUUCCAGAGACCAAGUACAAGUUCAAGGGUCAGCUGAUCUUCCACAAAUGCUAUGCCUGUGGUGCCGUGGAGCCGGUGGAUAUGAACCACAAGCUCACGACCUUCAUUUUCAAGGAGCACACUGCUGCUAAGCGUAGCAGUAAGGACGACAAGAAGAAGAAAGAGAAGAAGGAGAAGAAGGAAAAGAAGGACAAGAAGGCCUCGCACGACGAACCUGAGGACGAGUCGGCCACUAAAAAGAAGGAGAAGAAGGAAAAAAAGGACAAGAAAGACAAGAAGGACAAGAAGGACAAGAAGAAGAAACACCACAAGGACAAACACUCUGACAAGGACGCGUCUGACGCUGAAGAUGACGAAGUGGUGUGGCACACGGACUUGUCUGCUGAGGCUGUGGCUGCUCGUGCUGCUGAGGCUGAAGCCAUUGAGGCUGCUGCUGCCGCUGCCAUGCAGAGUGCGGCGGCCGAGGAGGUCGUGGCUACGCUGGACAACCUUCAGGUGGACGACGAGAACGCUCUGGACUCUGCCGUGUCCAACUUGCAGCGCUUCUUGACUGAGAGCCACGCGGAGUCUGAGAUCUUUGAGGAACUCUGUCGCCAGCAGACAUACUCGGCGUUGCCUGUCACGGACCGUCUUGUGAUCUUCUUCCGCUCUGCCUUUACCAACCAGGUGCUAGCUAGCAACCAAGUGGCUAAGUACGCUCCUGUGCUUGAGAAGAUCAUCGACGGCCAGCACUCGCAGUACCAGCUGCUUGCUUUGGCCGAGCACUUCUGUGCUGUGGAGCACCCGGAGCUGUUGAGCUCUUACCCGAUCCUUCUCAAGUUGUUGUACGAUGAGGACUUGCUGGAGGAGGAGUGUCUGGUUGCCUGGGCUAACAACGGUGUUCGCAAGGAGUACGCCCACUGGGCCGUCACGGAUGAGCUUGCUGCUAAGCUGAAGGCCCUACUGCAACCGUUCAUUGAGUGGCUGGAGAACGCCGAAGAAGAGAGCGAGGACGACAGCGACGACGAGUAA